AGACAUGGUUGACUGAAUCUACUGAAGUUUUGAAUAAAUCACCAACAAAUGAAGAUCCUCCAAUUUUAGUUUCAACCAUUCGAAGCAAAGAGAAUGAAUUAUCACGAGAGAUUAAUUAUUAUACUACUAAAAUAAAUUUAUGGAGAUCAGAUAUUGCUCGUAUGUUUGUUGAACGAAGCAAAAUGAAUGUUACGGAUUCUUUGAAAGAUAAAGUACAAAUGCCAACUAGUAGUAACGACAAUGAGAAAAUCAUUCCGGAAACACCAACUUCUAAAAAUGAUGAGGAGCCUACAACAAAGUCAACAGAAGAAACUACACAGACACCAAGGCCGGAGUUGUAAACUUCAUGUGUAAACUUCAAACGACUGAUGAGAAAUCAAACCAGCUGAAGAAGCUAUGCUCGCUCUAUCUACUCUUUCUUUCUUGAUUGAUUGAUUGAUUGGUUGAUUUAUACACAAUCCUUGUUAUUGAAUAUUAUUUAUUAUAUUAGUCUGUUUUCAUACAAAUUUAUCUUUCGCUUACUAAUUCUUUAUUCAUAUAAAUUUAAUAUUUUUUACUGUGAUGUCUUCUUCUUCAUUGUUUGUGUAAAUUUCUUUCUUCUUUCAUUGUUUAAAAGCAAUCCAACAUAACAAAAACACAAACUAGGUUUUGUAAGCUUUACAUUCAUUCAUUCAUUUAUGGAUGGUAAUAAUAAUAAUAAUAAUAAUAAAUGUAUUUUUUGUAAUUUAAAUCUAUCCAUUUUGUGUACUUCAUUCAGUGA